CGUCAUGACGUAUUAUUACUAUGUGUAUGAUAAAAAUGGUGCCCGUUUACCAGCUGGCAUCCAGUUUUUAUUGAUAAAGAAUUGACAUUGUUAUGUUAAAAAUCAAGUAGCAUGGCGUCAGUUCUUGAUUUAGUUAAACAUUAUCAGCAUGCAAUAGAAAAACAUCCAAAUGACGAGCAAAAACUUCUAAAAUGCAUAGACAAGUUAUUCAACUUGGACGUGACAGUCCAGCACCUCCAGGAGACAGGAGUGGGUCGCACUGUGAAUGCUAUGCGCAAGGAGCCUGGCGAUGUCGGCCAGGCAGCCCGCGCGUUGGUAUACAAAUGGAAGUUGAUGGUUGCUGCAGAGGAGAGUGAUACAGAAACCGAACAAAAUAAUGACACAGCAGCACACAAUGGCCAUGGGAGUGGGAAGGAUUCAGAUGAUAAUGCUCAAUCUAGGAUUAAGUCUGAAGGAAAUGAAAAGGUAAACUCUACACCAAAAUCAAGAGACUACAGGGAAACUAAUGGGAAUUAUAGCGGAAGCAAGAGGAAAUACCAGAGCAGUGAGGAAGAAGAAACUGAAAUAAAACGUUCAAAGCAUUCUAGUUCAAGUGAAGAUGAUAGCAAACGAAAAUCACAAGGUAAAUCCAAAAAAUCUGAUACUGACAGUGACAGUAAUGAUGACAGUGACUCACAAAGUGAUGAUAGUGACUCAGACAUGUCUGACUCCUCACGAGAAGAGGUCAAAAUUAAACAAGAAAAGGACAUAAAGAAAGAAAAGGUUGACGUCCCAGUUGUAAAUAAGUCUAGUUCAUCAAAGCAUCACUCGUCAAAUAAUGUGUCCUCAAACCAUAAAUCAUCCAGUUUAAACAAACCCUCCGAGUCAGAGAAGAGCUCUCGACAUCACACGCAUUCGAAGGAAACGCAUGCUUCGGAGAAGAUGCCAUCAUCAAAAGAAAAAAGUCACAGCCACAGUUCAGACAAACACAAGAGUUCAAAAGAAAAAGAAUCCAGUUCUGAUAAGAAGUACAUAAAGUCAGAGCCCAAAACAGAUGUAGAAAAACAUCAUAAAGAUUCCAAGACAUCUAGUAGACUAAGUAGUUCCGAACGACAUCAUAGUUCUGAGAAACAUAAGAGCUCAGAGAAACAUAGUAGCACAGAGAAACACAGUAUCUCAGUAAAACACAGUAGCUCAGAAAAACACAGCAGCUCAGUAAAGCAUAGUAUCACAGAAAAACACGUUAGUACGGAGAAACAUAGGUCGAGCAGUUCCCACAAAGCUGAAAACGGGUCAGACAAAAAUAAAACGAGCUCUGAUAAACAUAGCAAGUCAGAGAAACAUAAGUCCUCCAGUCAUUCACAACCUUCUGAAAAGGAAAAACAUAAAAGUUCGUCCGAAAAGGAAAUCUCCAAACAAAACGCUAAAGAAAGCACUAGUAGUAGUAGUAGUUCUAAGGAAAAACAUAGUUCCUCGCAUAAGGACAAGUCAAAAGACAGAAGUAGCUCUUCGAAAGAAAAGCCAGGUAGUCAUAGUAGUGAGAAAAAACAUUCGUCGUCGAGUGAUAAUAAGUCAAGUAGUAGUAACGGUAAAAGUAGUUCUGUUAAAGUGGAUGAUAAAAGUGAUAAGAAGUCGAAGCAUAAAUCUAGUUCCUCAUCACAUAAGAGCAGUAAAUCCAGCAGCAGUAAGAAGGAAGAAGUACCAAAGAAAAAAGUUCAAAUACAAAAUGGUGGUGAUAGCGAUGACGGAAUUGAUUGUGGUUCAGGAGCCAGUUUUGCGGAAGCUCUUGGCAUGAUCAGCCCAGUCAAGUCUAAGAAAAAACCGUUUAAAGACGUAACUUCUCCAAACUAUGAUUUGGGUCCAGCCACGAUGUUGGCGCCUACCGCUAAACUUGCGCCUUUGCCUGCAUUAGAAAUAUCGUCACUGCCAGAAAUAUCGCCGAACUACAAGCCGCGACCGCCACCUAAACCGCUGCCACACUUCAAUGAUGAAGACGCUAUGAGCGCCGUGAUAUCGUCCAAAAACCAAAGAACCAAAGUGUAUUCGGGAAACAAAGUCAUAGGAAAAAUACCUACGCUGUAUGAAAUGUGCGUGCACGUUCUACAAGAGCACAUAGACGCACUCGAAUACACCGGAGGCGUGCCAUACGAGAUCCUGAAGCCGGUAGUAGACAGAGCCACCCCGCAGCAGCUGUUUAUACUGGAGCAUUACAACCCUUACCUCAUGGAGGAUACCGACCAUCUGUGGCAGAAGUACUGCGAGAAACACUUCCGUAAUAACCAGAGGCAUGAAAUGGAAGCUUGGAGGGAGAUGUAUUCUAGAUGUCAAGAGGAACAAGAAAUAAGGUUAAAAUCAUUAACGGCUAACAUAAAAAUAGCCCAAGAAGCUAAAAAAGCGCCCAUAAAACAAACCAAGAUGGCGUAUGUCGAUUCAAUUGCAAAACCACCACGGAAUGUCGCCAAGAAACAGGCGCAGCACGGCACGGCGCGGCUGGCGACGGGCAGCCCGGCGGCGCGCGUGGCGGCGCUGGCGGCGCAGCCCAACAUCCUGCGCGCGGGGGGCGCCGCCCGCCCCGUGCCCGCGCCCGGCGGCGGGACCUCCUUCAAGCCCAAGAAGGCCCCGCUCAUGGCCAAGGCCCUGCAGAUCAUGCGCGGCCGCAAACGAUGAUCGCCAUGCUCGACACCCUCCUUAUUCAAUUCCCAUGAUCUUUUCGGGCCGCCUCCUUACCCCCGUGAUUCUUUAAGGUCGAGAGUCUUUUUUACACCGACUUUACGUUUUAUACAUAGAUUCUCGAACAAACCCACCCCGUCGCCCUAUCCCGAAUAAAUAGCGGUACAUUAUCGCAAUUAACACAAAAACAUCAUGUAUAUAUUUUAGAAACAGUAGAGAAUUGUGUGCAGAAUGUUUUAGUUACAGAAUAAAUCUACGUUUUGUAACGUUUUACUUUUGACA